AAAGAAGGCUAAAUCUUUUUUCAUUUUUUUCCCCUAUCCUUACAGAAAAAGAAAGGAAAGAGAGCUGAUCUGAUUCAAAAAUAAAGAGAGAUUUCGGAAAAGGAAAUACCAAACCAACCAAGUAUAGUGAUCCCCCCUCUUUUGGAUAUUUGUUCAAGCUCCAUUUGUCCGUUCUGUGCCUUCUCGAUUCCGCUCUGCCCCCCCUUUUCCACAUUUUGCGUCUUUUCUCAACUCAUCAUCAUGGCCAACAACACUUGAUCCCCCGGCUCAAUCUUCCAUUUCACUUCUGCUUACACAAAAGCAAAGUUGAUUUUUCACUUUCAGCUACGAAAAGAGCUUCCUAUUACUCAUUAUGUUCUUGAAUAUAAUCCAUCUCGUUUAGUUAUUGAAGUUUCUUCGUAGAUUUGUGUUUCUGAAGAAAAAUGGCAGCUGAGAAGUCGAGCUCAAAGGGGCAAGCAUGGUUCUGUACCACAGGGUUACCAAGCGACGUUGUUAUCGAAGUCGAUGACAUGACCUUCCAUCUCCACAAGUUCCCUCUAAUGUCGAAAAGUAAGAAGCUUCACGAGCUGAUUACGGAGCAAGAGACAAACCCUACUAGAGUCCAAAAACCAUCUGCUGAUGCGGCAGAAGGAGAAAUUGAUGGUGGCGAAGAGAUCAAAGAAGAGGAAGAAGAAGAGGCCUACAGCAACAUCUCUCUCCCUGAAUUUCCGGGCGGCUCUGAGGCCUUCGAGACCGCCGCCAAGUUCUGUUACGGAGUUAAGAUCGAGCUCUCCUCUUCAAACGUCGCUCCUCUCCGCUGCGCCGGAGAGAUUCUGGAGAUGACCGAAGAAUACUCCGAAGAUAACCUCAUCUCAAGAACCGAGAGGUUUCUCUCCCAAUCAGUCCUCAAAAGCAUCAAGGACUCCAUCAAAACCCUAAAAUCAUGCGAGCGAUUGACGCCUCUGGCCGAGAAUCUCGGCAUUGUUCAGAGGUGCAUCGAUUCCAUCGCUUCCGGGGCUUCUUCAACCGAUCCAUCAUUGUUCGGAUGGCCGGUGAAUGAAAAGGCCGGAACUGGCAGGACUGAAACUGGCGGUCGCCGGAAAACCGCCGGCGCGGACUCUUGGUUUGAGGAACUAGCACUUCUCAGUCUACCGCUAUUCAAACGCUUGAUUUUUGCUAUGAAGACUCAAGAUCUGAGUCCGGAGAUUAUCGAGAACUGUCUCAUUUACUAUGCCAAGAGAUAUAUUCCGGGUAUUUCUCGUUCUAAUCGGAAGCCGUCGUCGUCGUCUUCUAUUCCUUCAGAGAUUGAACAGAGGGAACUGUUGGAGACUGUAAUUACUAAUCUUCCUCCAAAGAAGAGCUCCAGAUCUUCAACGGCGACGAGGUUUUUAUUCGGAUUAUUGAGGACGGCGAACAUAUUGAACAUUUCGGAAGCUUGCAGAGCCACAUUAGAGAGAAAGAUCGGAACAGAGCUCGAUCAAGCAACAUUGGACGAUCUUCUGAUACCGAGCUAUUCGUAUUUAAACGAGACGCUCUACGACGUCGAUUGCAUCGAGAGGAUCUUACGGUACUUUUUGGACUGUUUGGAGGAGAGAUCGGCUGCGAGAAUCGAAGGCGAGGAAGAGAAUAGCAGUGUCAGAUCGGCGGCUCUAAUGCUAGUCGGAAAAUUGAUCGACGGUUAUCUAUCGGAGAUUGCUUCGGAUGCUAAUUUGAAACCAGAGAAGUUCUACGAGCUCGCCGUUGCUCUGCCGGACCACGCCAGGCUCUUCGACGACGGCCUCUACAGAGCCGUCGAUGUCUACCUCAAGGCGCAUCCAUUGAUAUCGGAGGCGGAGAGAGAGAAGAUUUGCGGACUGAUGGACUGCCAGAAGCUGACGCUAGAUGCGUGCACUCACGCGGCGCAAAACGAGCGGCUUCCGCUGAGAGCGGUGGUUCAGGUGCUGUUCUUCGAGCAGCUGCAGCUUCGACAGGCCAUUGCCGGAACACUCGUGGCCGACAUCGCCCCCAGGCCGUCGGAUCUGCGCCGGGAGGGAGACGAUGCGUCGGAAGCCGGAGGCGGUUCAAGCGCAAGAUGGUUGGCAGCAGUGAGGGAGAAUCAGAUGUUGCGGCUGGACAUGGAUAGCAUGAGGUCGCGGGUGCAGGAGCUGGAGCGUGAGUGUUCGGCAAUGAAGAAGGCGAUCGGGAAGAUUGGCGGCGCAGCUGAUGGAGGGAGCGGAGGAUGGAGGAGCUCGAUGACGAAGAAGUUGGGGUGUAAGUUUAAGAUACAAGUGUGUGAUUCGCAUGAACCACCAACGACAACGGUCGUGAAGGGGAGUAAAGGACGAAGCCACAAUCGUCAUCAAUAGAACCAUUGGAAAUUGUUUUCAUUUUUACUCUUUUAUUUUUAGUUAUUAAUUUUUUUUUGUUGAUUUUCCAUGUUGGGUUGUGUAAAAGUUAGGAGGAAUGAACUCGGAUGCCAUUUAAUAGUGGUGUGUACCAAAUGAAGAUAGGAGAGGUAGUGUAGUUAGUUUUCAACAAAAUGUCUCGGCUUCCUAGUUCUGUAUAAAUUGGAGUUGGUCAUGUAACGCCAUAAUAAUCAACAUGCGUACACCGUCAGACAAAGCUCUUUCUUUCUUGUUCACAGGAAGCACUAGCAGAAAGAACAGCUUGAAAGCUAGUGUUGGGCUUGAUGUGCAAAUUGGACCCUGGGUUGAUCCAUGCCUAGUCUAAUUGUGUUAUUUGUGCCCAAAACAUCCAAAGGUUCGCCCAAUUGGAUGUUUGAUUCAGAAUACUUUUGUAACAUAACUGUCACGUGUUUGUUUCUUAGUAUUCACAAUUUUUGAA